CAUGAUUUCACUUCCGCGAGUCACAGUGACACAAUCAUUGAAAAUAACAGCAGAUUCGGGGAAGUCAGAUCUGCAGCUGAUCGAGUUCAGGUAAAUUCUGCGUGUUUGGGAACUUUGAGCCUGAAACGGAGCAGCAGGACUCCCGUCAGGACUCAUCAUGCAGCUUCCCAGAGAUGGCAGCGUGCUGCUUUUGCUGCUGAUGCUCGUUGGACAAUCACUCGGGGAAUCUCCCUCAUUCACUGUGGACUACCAGAAUGACUGCUUCCGUAAGGAUGGGGAAAAGUUUCGCUACAUAUCAGGAAGCAUCCAUUACAGCAGGAUUCCCAGAGUCUACUGGAAAGAUCGGCUGCUCAAGAUGUACAUGGCGGGACUGAACGCCAUCCAGACGUACAUUCCCUGGAACUACCAUGAAAAGGUUCCAGGCCUAUACAACUUUAGCGGAGACAGAGAUUUUGAAUAUUUCCUUAAGCUGGCUCACGACAUCGGUUUGCUGGUCAUCCUCCGGCCAGGACCCUACAUAUGUGGAGAGUGGGACAUGGGCGGCCUGCCUGCCUGGCUUCUCAAGAAGAAAGAUAUCGUACUGCGAUCUGCAGAUCCAGACUACGUCGCAGCAGUGGAUAAAUGGAUGGGGACGUUACUGCCCAUGAUAAAGCCUUAUCUCUAUCAGAACGGCGGCCCUAUCAUCACUGUUCAGGUGGAGAAUGAAUACGGCAGUUACUUCGCCUGUGACUACAGCUACAUGCGUCACCUGUCCAAGCUGUUCCGGUCUUACCUGGGUGAUGAGGUGGUGCUCUUCACUACAGAUGGGGCUUUGCUCAAAACUCUCAAGUGUGGUUCAAUACAAGACCUCUACGCCACUGUAGACUUUGGACCCGGAUCCAAUGUUACUGCUGCCUUUGAUGCACAGCGACACGUUGAACCUCACGGCCCUUUGGUGAACUCUGAAUUUUACACUGGAUGGCUGGACCACUGGGGAUCACAUCACUCGGUCGUGUCGUCCACUCGAGUGGCCAGGGUCCUCAGCGAGAUGCUGAUCAUGGGAGCAAAUGUCAACCUGUACAUGUUCAUAGGAGGAACCAACUUUGGAUACUGGAAUGGCGCCAACACACCGUACGCCCCGCAGCCUACAAGCUAUGACUACGAUGCUCCGCUCACAGAAGCAGGAGACCUCACAGAGAAAUACUUUGCCAUUCGAGAUGUGAUCAAAAUGUACCGUAACAUACCAGAGGGGCCGAUACCGCCAACAACCCCAAAGUAUGCAUAUGGCGCUGUAACAAUGAAGAAGCUUCAGAUGGUGUCAGACGCCUUAGACAAACUAUCUUUCUCUGGACCCGUCAAAAGCACGUAUCCUCAGACAUUCAUCGACUUGAACCAGGCAUUUGGUUUUAUGCUCUAUAGGACCAGUCUGCCUGUGAACUGCACCAAACCAACUCCACUCACAUCGCCACUGAAUGGGGUCCAUGACAGAGCGUACGUGUCAGUGGACGGGGUGGCUGCAGGAAUUCUUGAAAGGGACAACGUCGAACCUGUCAAUGUGACCGGGAAGGCUGGAAGUCAGGUGGACAUACUGGUGGAGAACUUAGGCAGAGUAAACUACGGAAAAUACCUCAAAGAUUUUAAGGGUCUAGUGUCCAAUCUGACUCUGGGGGAAAACCCUCUCACUGGCUGGACCAUGUACAGUCUCAGUAUUGAUGAAGCAGUCAGUGAGGGCCUCCUCGGAGAAGAAGAGCCCACACCCCCUGAUGCACCUCAGCCAGCUGGUCUCUCCCCUCCAGCUUUCUAUGGGGGAAGCUUCAUCAUACCCGACGGCAUCCCAGACCUCCCUCAGGACACCUACAUCAAGCUGACCAGUUGGAGAAAGGGACAGAUCUGGAUAAACGGCUUUAAUGUAGGACGUUACUGGCCAACUCGAGGGCCUCAGGUGACGCUUUUUGUCCCUGCAAACAUCCUCAGCACAGCUGCACCAAAUAAUGUGACCAUCCUGGAGCUGGAAGGGGCUCCCUGCAGCUCUGGGCCAUGCACUGUGGAGUUCACCACCAUCCCAAUCCUCAAUGGAACAGUUCAGUCUGACUACAAACAACACAGAAGGCUGUUUAUUAAAGAGGAUUUACUAUGAUGAAAGAAAAAUCCUCAGUACACAAAAAGAAUCAAUUUGCACAAGACUUAAUGAUUUACAAGUCCCAAAUCAGAACUUGUUAGGUCAGCUCCAUGUGUUUAGAAUUUAAGCUCUUUUCAUUACACACACACACACACACACACACACACACACACAAACACACACCCCGAAAGGCGCAGAGAAGACCUAGAGAGGAUGUGGAAGGUGAAGGUAACACUGAUCACUGUGGUAAUUGCAACACUUGGGGCAGUAAACACCAAAGUGGGAGAAUUCCAGGAAUGACAUCUGAGAUAUAUAUAUAUAUAUAUAUAUAUAUAUUAUAUGAAAAGUGCUUAAAUUUGGAACAUUUCAACAUAUGUGUAUUUUUAUGAAUUAUGGUGAAAUAUAUUUUUAGCUCGUUUUUUCCUCAGCACAUUAACUUUGGGUUUCUCUACCUCACUGAUUACACAUGACAUUUAUUCAGAGCUAUGAAAGCGUUACUGUCAGAAUUUAUUUUUUAUUCAAAACCCCAAUCAGGGAAUUGUGUAUUAUUAAAUAACUGUGGGACUGCUGAACUGCUGCUUUUAUUCAUUUGAAAGAUAGCAUAACAAGUUUGAUUUAAUACACCUUUCAAAACAGAAAUAAAAUAAUUUUGAUACUUCAAAAA